AUGAACUACGAGCCACCCAUGGACAUGAUCGAUAUCGACCCCAUGGAACACCUCGGAAUAAGGAUGGAUGCAUUCUCAGUCCCCCAGAUUCCGUUUUCCUCUGAGCCUUGGCCAUUUCCCGUAGGGUCGCCGAUUCUCAGUCCAUCUAUUGUACUGGAUCCCAUAUUUCUUGCGCUUGGCAAUGAGGGUGACAGCGAACUUGACCGCAUUGACAGCGCUGCCGAGCAAACAACAACACAAAUGCACCAGCCCACCAAUGCCUCGAAAAUGAUUGCCACGGAGACACUGGUGUCCAUCUCCGGUGGAGCUCUCGGAGGCCUCAUCGAUGAAACUGUUGGAACCUGCAGGGCGACGACCGCUGAGAUAGGACUAAAUCGGCACUUUACGCCGUCUACCGGCGGCUGCGAUGCUGAACUUCAAGUUGGCGCCGCGGCUGAGCCGGGUGUCUACUCGACCAGACAAGUUGGGGUUGCCAAGAUCCGAAUUGCAUUAUUGUUGAUCUCCAGGCUGCAUGAUGCUUGCGAAUCCGAAACCUGGGUGUCAUUCUCAACGACAGAGCCCGAGGAGCCUGAGGACCAUGCUGAGGGUCAGGAGACAAUGCCGACCCAGGCGAUGGAGUGA